AUGUCUGAAAGAGAUCGAGGACGCCACUCACUACAAAACCCUCCCAGAGGUGGCAGAAACGACACUUUGCCAUUGAGGGAGCCACCAAGUACAGCUACGCGCCCAAGUACAGCUACGCGCGAGAGCUUAAUAGGACUAGGACCCUUUCAGUUGAGGGCUCGUCCACACGAAGCUGCACAAGCACAACCAUCAACAUCACAAUCGUCAGCAGGGGGAGACAAAAGUGUUCAAGGACCCCACGAAGCACAAGCCCUGCCUGGGUCCCAACGGUUCACCUCGAAUCAGUCAAAGCAUGACAGAUCUGGAGCAACUGGGAUAAGUCUAACACUGUCAGCAUUCGCAGCUUCUCAGCAGCUUAGUCUUUGGCCGCCCGGGGCUAGGCAAGCAAAUUCAUCGAAGCCACCACGUGUCUCAACACGUCGGAUCCGUCGUAGCGUGAGCUCAGCCUCAAAUUUACGAAGGCCUCAAGAUCCAGAGCUGCAGCAAAGGGCUAAAGCAGCCAGAGUUGAAGGCCUUACACCUCAUGCCAAUGCAUUAUCGACCGCUGCGCAGGAAAGAGAUCCCCUGCCAGAUCGACGGUCAGCAGAAUGCGAAGGACAGGCCCUGUCCUCGGAGACGGGGGCGAUGCUUGGGCUCACACAACUUGCGAAAGAAGCACCAGUGGCAGCAGCACCUCCACUUGAAGGACGAGCCGCACAAACAGGACCAGGACUUGCUUGGGGAACACGCAAGUCUAGAUAUGCUAACCGGAGGCUGGGCACUCAGCCUCUAACCAAGCCGAGCUUGAAGACCAAAGAGGCACCCCAAAAGAACGAGGAGGGUGACCCCGGAACCCGCCCGGCGCCAGGCGGAGCAGCAGCUGCUCACCCUAGGCGAAUCACUGGCCGCACGUUUGGCAGAGACCCUUUCGUUGAUGCAUUCGAAAGCGCAGGUCCUUCGUCAAGCAGAAGAGGCGGACCGACCACUGGUGCCCCACCCACAACUCCUGCCAGGCAGAUCAGACAUGCCAGACCGCAGGAUGCUGGUAGACGGAGCAAUGCCGGGCCGGGUUGUGCGAGAGGUGCUACGACAGGUGCACGCGCCGCUGACGCCGGUAGAUCUGAGUUGCUAACCUUAGAUGCAAAGAUGACGCAGACGGCUGACGGAGCAGACUCACGUCCACCACGACACAGGCAGAGGAAUAAAUGGACCCAAGAAGCCCGCUCCACCGUCUUUGAGUACGUGGCGCAGAAGGUGCCGGUCCGCGAGAUCAGCGAGAAAACGGGCAUUCCGCAACGCACAAUCCAGGAGUGGAAGCGCAAGCUGUAUCAAUAUGAGCUAACUGGUUGA